UAUUGUGGUAAAGGUUUCAGUGACAAUUCCAGCCUUGUGAAACACCAGAGGACUCACACAGGAGAGAAACCCUUUGAAUGUCCUUAUUGUGGUAAAGGUUUCUGUGACAGUUCUAGCCUUGUGAAACACCAGAGGACUCACACAGGAGAGAAACCCUUUGAAUGUCUUUAUUGUGGUAAAGGUUUCAGUGAAAGUUCUAGCCUUGUGGUACACCAGAGGAUUCACACAGGAAAGAAACCGUUUGAAUGUCCUGUUUGUGGUAAAGAUUUCAAUAAGAAUUCCGACCUGGUAACACACCAGAGGACUCACACAGGAGAGAAACCCUUUGAAUGUCCUGAUUGUGAUAAAGGUUUUAGUACCAAUUCCACCCUUGUGAAACACCAGCGGAUUCACACAGGAGAGAAUUUCAAUAAGAAUUCCGACCUGGUGAGGCACCUGAGGACUCACACAGGAGAGAAACCUUUUGAACGUCCUGUUUGUGGUAAAGGUUUCAGUAAUAAUUCCGACCUGGUUUGUGGUAAAGGUUUCAGUAAUAAUUCCGACCUGGUAACACACCAGAGGACUCACACAGGAGAGAAACCCUUUGAUUGUCCUUAUUGUGGUAAAGGUUUCAUUGACAAUUCCAGCCUGGUAAGACACCAGAGGACUCACACAGGAGAGAAACCCUUUGAAUGUCCUGAUUGUGGUAAAGGUUUCAGGACCAAUUCCAACCUGGUAACACACCAGAGGACUCAUACAGGAGAGAAACCCUUUGAAUGUCCUUAUUGUGGUAAAAGUUUCAGUACCAAUUCCAGCCUGGUAACACACCAGAGGACUCACACAGGAGAGAAACCCUUUGAUUGUCCUUAUUGUGGUAAAGGUUUCAUUGACUAUUCCAGCCUGGUAAGACACCAGAGGACUCACACAA